AUAUGAUUCCGAAGAGAAUAACCUAAUCAAUGAUUCUACUAAUCUGAGAAUAAUUACGGGGUCAUUCAUUAUCGCUAUGGGACAUCCCACGAACGUUCACGUUGAUAACCGGCUUGCUAGCUAUAGUCCUCCUCCUAUGGAUUUGCAAGACGACCAUAACAGAAACAAAGAUGACGUCUUACAAGGCAAGCGAUUUUUUAUUCUCUGCGGCUCUGUUGCUAGUUUCAGUGACUUUUCUCUAUGCCGACGACAGUUUCCGUAAUUCCAGAGCUGGAGUUUGCGUCAUAGAAGUCCCAACUAUCCAACUCCUUAGUGAACAUGACAGAAAAGGACCAAUACCUCAUGGAAAUGGAUCUAGGCCAACUCUGAGUAAGAUCGAAGUCUGCUGCUCAGGAUACGCAAAACCAGCUCAUACCUUUGCUGUUUGCGAACCAAUUUGCGACAAGAAGUGCGAAAAUGCAAACUGUACAGCACCCAACGUUUGUACAUGCAAAAAAGGUUAUAUCAACGAUCCCGUUGAGAGCCACAAAUGCAUACCAACUUGCCCAAUUGGUUGUCUGAACGGAGUAUGCACACAUUCUGGUCAAUGUUCUUGCAAUUUUGGUUAUGAGCUGAGCCCAAAUAGGAGGUAUUGCCAUGCAGUUUGUCUUGGUGGCUGUGGACAAAAUGCCGAGUGCGUUGGCAGAAAUGAAUGCCGGUGUAAGACAGGAUACAAUCGUGAUUCCAAGACAUCUCUUUGCGUUCCUCAUUGUGAAGGUGGAUGUGGUGCAGGAGGUCAGUGUAUUGCACCAAAUACCUGUGGCUGUCAACCAGGCUUCUUGAAGCAAGGUAACGCCUGUCUAGCAGCCUGUCCCAAGGGAUGUGCCAACGGGGAUUGUGUAGCACCUAACACUUGUCGCUGCAGACCUGGAUGGACUUUGGACAAAACGGGAACCAUCUGCGAGGCUCACUGCAAUCCAGAUUGUCUCAACGCAAUCUGUGUUGGACCAAACGAAUGCGCUUGUCGUAAAGGAUAUGUCAAGGAUCCUCGUCACACAGCAAAUAGAUGUGUAGCAGAUUGUCCAGGAGGAUGUCCGAACGGUCAAUGCUCUGCACCAAACUUCUGUAUUUGCAAUCCAGGAUAUGUGAAGGAGAGCAAAGGAAGUCAAAACUGUAUUCGCAGAACUAGAAGAUCUGCUAUGCACUUCGAACUUAUUCCUGAGGAAAUGUUUCAACACUAAUUAUGAUUUUCGAAUUUAAACUUCCCUACCAUUCACUAAUUCUCAAUACUUAUUAAUUAAAGUUCCUUGUCAUUUUUCAAUAAAAUAUGUUUUACAUUA